UCAGAUUCGGGUCAAAGUUCAGAUCCAGUCAACACUCAACGGUGUUAAUAGCAUUAUUAUUAUUUGUGUAUUGAUGUCGUUCUUUACUUGCUAUUCUUAUCGUAACAAAUAAUUAUAUAAUUUUGUACAAAUUAUAUACAUUGUACAAGUUGUUUUUGUUUUUACUUUUUAGUCUCCGACCUCCUUCUUACUUAUUUUUGUCAACUUGUUUUCGUAAUCGAUCGGACAGUAUUUACUUGUCUCGUAGCUCCAUUAAAGAUACUCGUAAACAGUUCUCCCAAUUUUUUUGCCAAAGUAACCGCAUAUCGAUAUCGUUUUUUUAAACCAUUAUCGCUUCUCGACCAACUUUAAAACGUUGAUAUUUAAAGUUUUUCGCGAACAAUUGCGUGCAUCAAAAUACUAAGUUUAUUCAAUGUCUUCAGAACAAAUAUUUUCUAUCAAAGACAAAGUCUUUGUAAAACGACGUGGAUAUCCUGCUUGGCCUGCUUUAAUAUCUGGUAUUAAAACUAACAAUGACUCACAACCAAUUUAUGAUGUAUAUUUUUAUGGAACUGGUGACUACAGUGAAUGUAAAUCAGAAGUACUUAGUCUAUAUGAAGAAAACAAGAAUAAACUAGGUAAGCCUCGAGGAAAACUAAGGAAAUUUAAAAAAUUUGUUGAAGCUCUUGUGCAGAUAGAAAAUGAUGCAAAAUCUGAUUUUCAAUCUAAAAAAAAUGUUGGAGUUGAUGUUAAAGAAUUCAUGCCAACAAUUUCAACAAAAAGCUUAGAUCGAGAAUUAUCUUUAGAAAAUAAAUCUAAAAAUGUAAAUAAAAUUGAGUUAAAUUUGAAAAAUGAAACAAAAUUAAUUAAUGAGACUAGUUUACUCAAAGGUAAAAAAGUUAUUAAAUCAAGAAAGAGAGUAUCUAAUUCUAUAGAUUUAAAAAGAAAACUUUCUGAUGUUAAACAUGAAGAAGUUCCAAAGAAGUUCAAAACUUCAAGAAUUAUAAUGCCCACAGAAGAUCAACCUAUAGUGUUGUUAGAACCAUUGAACGACAUUUUUUUAGAAAGAAAAAUGAACGAAAAGCAGAAUUCUGAAGCUGCAGAUAAAAACUUAGCUGCUCAUCAACGAAAUUCCAAAAUUUUUAAUACAACUAAAUCUGUGCUCGAAUCAAGUGAUGUUUCGUUAAAUGUUUGUAAAACUACAGAAUCCUUAGAAAUGAAUGAUAGUGUUGUAUCAAGUAACAAAACGUUUUCAGAUUCAGGUCGUGUAUCACGCUUUGGUCGUAAAAUUAAGUCAAACCGGUUAUCUAAUCAUAAAAUUGUUACCAAAGCGCCAAAACAUUUGAAGGAAAAAGAUUUAAAAACUUUAAAAACUCAUAAUUCUAGCAAUGAUGAAACUAAUGAUUUCUUUAAACAGAAUAUCAAAACUAGAGGUUCAAACACAAAAGCAAGGAACAGUUUGAAAAGUAAUGCAAUGUCAAUACCGUGUUUGCUGGACAAUGCAUCGCAAACAAUUUGCCAAGUGAACAACAACAGGCAUGAGAAAAUUCCACCAAUUGACUUAAAUCAAAAUGCCAUGGGUUCUUUUUCAAAUGUAGAAGUUGAAUGGACAAAAAUGGAAUCAAACAAAGCCGGUCAAAUUAGUUUGCUACUAACAGAAAUAAAUUUGCUUGAUUAUGUAAAUAAACUAUGCUCUGCUUUGUCAAUUAACUAUACCAAGUUAAAUUAUGAAAUAGCAUUAAAGUCAUUGGAACAGAUCAGUGAAUUACAAUUUAAUGCUCUUAUGUUAAAAAAACAUAGAUGUAUUGUUGAUAAAAUAACAAAAGUGACAAGAUAUGUAGGUGAUGUUAAUAAUUGGUGCUUAAGCAAUCAGGAAACUAUUGAACAUGUUAAUAAAGCAAAUCAAAUUCGAUGCAAAGCCCAAAUGGUAUUAAAUAAAUGUAAAUCAUUAUUCACUGUACCCAAUGGACAAACAUUCCAAGAGGUAUACAAUAAAGAAGUUGAUUUAUUUAUCUCAAAGACUCAACAUUUGACCAAUGAUCAAAUUUAUAGUUGUACUUCAGAUAAAAUGUUCAUAUGAUUUCUUAUUGUAUAUUUGCAAAAAAGUGCAAAUUGCUACAGUGAUUUUCUGUAUUUUUAGUUUUUUGUUAUUAUGUGAAAUUUUGUAUUUAUAAGUAUUCAUUUUGAAUUCUAACUACCUACUAUAUAUAAUAAACUUUUAUAGCUUAUUACAACAAUAUAGAUGUUAAAUAAGACG